AUGAGUUCAAAGAGGUUGGCCAGACAGAUCUACACAAAGGAAUGGAAGAGGGCGCGGCGAGAGGUGUUGAAUGUGCGAGCACUGGUGCGUGCCCAGCUGGAUGCAGGAGAUGCAGCAAACAGGGCAGAGGAGUCUGCGCGAGAUGCAGCAAGCAGGGAAGAGCAGGCUGCGCGAGAUGCAGCAAGGACAGGCCAGGCUCUGCAAGAAGCAGAGCAACAACAUAAUGGACCUCAACACAUGCCAGAGAUACAACCGGGGGAGACUGAAGAACAGCCUGAGUUCAUGGCAGAGACAACAAGUUCGGUCAGCAGCUCGGAGCAGGACAGCAGCAGUCCCUCAACCCAUGUCAGUCCAGCACCCAGCCGUCGGACAUUGGAAGAAUCGUACAUUGAGGAACAAACAUCAUCCGACCCAGUUGAGGGAAUGACCCAUGGCGAAGAGGAGGGGGCUUCAGGCAUGGCUGCCGUAAUAAGGCUCCUGGAGGAACGAAAGAGGCUCCUAUUGAGGACGACGGAUGACACAAAAAGAACCAUGGAAGAGCACAUGGGGCGAAUGACUAGGAGAAUGGAGGCUAUGGAGAGGAGGAUGGAGGCUAUGGAAAGGAGGAUGGAGGCUAUGGAAAGGAGGAUGGAGGGUAUGGAGGGGAAGUCAGAGACAUUGGAGGCUGCUGUGGUCUCGAACCCGCCUCAGCCUCCUCUGCAGGAAGAUGUGCUGUUGGGCCUAUGCAGCACAGUGGAGGAGCUAGACAGGAGUCUGGCUCAACCAGAAAGAAGGAACCAAAUGAAACGUUUCCUUGAAAGCCUGGGAGGGGCGAAUCCGGGGACAGCCAUUCGUCGCAUUCUACGCCAGGUGGCUACCAACAAUGUCCUGGCGCAGUACAGCCUGAGGGGGAGGAGAGCAAAAAAGCCUUUCCAGAACUUAACCCUUUGCAAAAUUAUAACGGAGGCCUGCAUGCAGAACUUCCCUGGCAAGAAGGUAGCUGAUAUUGAGGAGUGCAUUGGGCAUGCACUGAAGUUUGCACCACACAGACGGUCAGCUGGUCCUCAAGAUUGAAGACGUACACCAACUUCUAUGCACACGCACCCGUUUUUGGCAUUUCUAAAUUUUUUCUUAUUUUUUGCCUUUAUUGUAUUUUAUUAAGAAAUAGUUUUCAUAAUUGUCUAUAGUUGUCAGAUGUUUUAUAAUGUAUAAUAAUGUUGCACUGUGUUGCUGAUGUCCUUACCAAUGUUGUAUUCUUGAUAUUUUUUUC